UGUAACACCGUCUAUUUUCACGUGUGGAAUUGAGGCUUCGUUUAAUAACAUGAUUAGAAAAACACGUAUUGUUCAUUUUGGUUAGUUUCUCAAAUCAUAUUUAUCUAUUGUUUAGCUUGUUGAGUAAAAAACCAUGGAUGUCCUCGCAGAAGAAUUCGGGGACAUGCGCCCCGAGCAGCUUGCAGCUCCAGUAAAUACAGUUGAGGAGAAAUGGAAGUUGUUACCAGCCUUCCUGAAGGUGAAAGGACUUGUGAAACAGCACAUCGACUCCUUCAACUAUUUUAUUAACGUGGAGAUAAAGAAAAUCAUGAUUGCUAAUGAAAAGGUUACAAGCGAUGCAGAUCCAAUGUGGUAUUUAAAGUACCUCAAUAUUUAUGUGGGCAUGCCCGAUGUAGAGGAAAGCUUCAAUGUAACAAGACCAGUAUCUCCACAUGAGUGUCGUCUGAGAGACAUGACCUACUCUGCCCCAAUUACAGUGGAUAUUGAGUAUACCCGAGGAAGUCAGAGGAUCAUUCGCAAUGCCUUACCCAUUGGCAGAAUGCCAAUCAUGCUACGUAGCUCCAACUGUGUUCUCAUGGGGAAAACUCCAGCUGAGUUUUCUAAGCUAAAUGAAUGCCCUCUUGAUCCAGGGGGGUACUUUAUCGUGAAGGGGCAGGAAAAGGUCAUUUUAAUUCAGGAGCAGCUCUCCAAAAACCGAAUUAUUGUUGACAUUGACAGGAAAGGAACAGUGGGGGCCUCUGUGACCAGCUCCACCCAUGAGAAGAAAAGCAGAACCAAUAUAACUGUAAAGCAGGGAAGGUUCUACAUGAAACACAACACCCUGUCAGAAGACGCCCCUAUUGCAAUCAUCUUAAAGGCCAUGGGGGUGGAGAGUGACCAGGAGAUUGUCCAGAUGAUUGGGACUGAGGAGCACGUGAUGGCGGCCUUCGCCCCCAGUCUGGAGGAGUGUCAGAAAGCCCAGAUCUUCACACAGACACAGGCUUUAAGGUAUAUUGGAAACAAGAUUCGAAGGCAGCGCAUGUGGGGCGGACCAAAGAAAACAAAAAUGGAAGAGGCACGAGAGCUUCUGGCUUCAACCGUUCUUAGCCAUGUACCUGUGAAAGAAUUUAACUUCCGUGCAAAAUGUAUUUACAUGGCAGUGAUGGUCCGCAGGAUCAUUUUGGCUCAAGGCGAACACAAGGUGGAUGACAGGGAUUAUUAUGGAAACAAACGUCUGGAAUUAGCAGGACAAUUGCUCUCCCUCUUGUUUGAAGAUCUGUUUAAAAAGUUCAACUCUGAACUAAAGAAGAUUUCAGACCAGAUUAUUCCCAAGCAGAGAGCAGCUCAGUUUGAUGUAGUGAAGCACAUGAGACAGGAUCAGAUCACCAAUGGCAUGGUCACUGCAAUCUCUUCUGGAAACUGGUCAUUGAAGAGAUUCAAGAUGGAUCGUCAGGGAGUGACUCAGGUGCUGUCUCGGUUGUCUUACAUCUCAGCACUAGGCAUGAUGACUAGAAUCUCAUCCCAGUUUGAGAAGACCAGGAAAGUGAGUGGCCCUCGCUCCCUGCAGCCAUCGCAGUGGGGAAUGCUGUGUCCGUCUGACACUCCUGAAGGAGAGGCUUGCGGUCUAGUAAAAAACCUUGCUUUGAUGACCCAUAUCACUACUGACAUGGAAGAUGGGCCUAUUAUUAAAUUGGCUUUUAACCUCGGGGUGGAAGAUGUGAAUCUGCUGUGUGGUGAAGAGUUGUCCUAUCCCAACGUGUUCCUUGUCUUUCUGAACGGCAACAUCCUUGGGGUAAUCAGGGACCACCAGAAGCUAGUGUCCACCUUUCGACUGAUGAGGCGAGCUGGCUUCAUUAACGAGUUUGUGUCUAUCUCCACAAACCUCACUGAUCGCUGUGUUUAUAUCUCCUCUGAUGGCGGGAGACUGUGCAGGCCUUACAUAAUCGUAAAGAAAGGAAACCCUGCAGUUACAAACAAACACAUUGAAGAACUCACGCAGGGGUACAGGAAUUUUGAAGAUUUUCUUCAUGAAAGCUUGGUUGAAUACCUAGAUGUCAAUGAAGAGAAUGAUUGCAGCAUAGCACUGUAUGAACACAUGAUUACCAAAUAUACGACACACUUGGAGAUCGAGCCAUUCACACUGCUUGGUGUUUGUGCUGGGCUUAUUCCAUACCCUCAUCACAACCAGUCCCCAAGAAACACAUACCAGUGUGCUAUGGGGAAACAAGCUAUGGGCACAAUCGCCUACAACCAGAGAAACCGAAUUGACACCCUCAUGUACCUAUUAGCCUAUCCACAAAAACCCAUGGUUAAGACAAAAACCAUUGAACUCAUUGAUUUUGAGAAGCUUCCAGCAGGACAGAAUGCUACUGUGGCAGUGAUGAGCUACAGCGGCUAUGAUAUUGAAGACGCACUUGUUCUGAAUAAGGCCUCUUUGGAUAGAGGUUUUGGAAGAUGCCUUGUAUACCGGAAUGCCAAGUGUGUUCUUAAACGGUAUACCAACCAGACCUUUGAUAAGGUAAUGGGCCCAAUGUUGGAUGCAGCUACGCGAAAACCAAUCUGGCGUCAUGGGAUCCUUGAUGCAGAUGGAAUCUGCUCUCCAGGUGAGAAGGUGGAGAAUAAGCAGGUCUUGGUUAAUAAGUCUAUGCCCACUGUUACCCAGACCCCUCUGGAGGGCAGUGCCCAGCCCCAGCAGCCACAGUUCAGAGAUGUGCCCAUCACAUACAAGGGAUCAACAGACUCCUAUAUUGAAAAGGUGAUGAUUUCCUCAAAUGCAGAAGAUGCCUUCUUGAUUAAAAUCUUGCUAAGGCAAACCAGACGGCCAGAAAUUGGUGAUAAAUUCAGCAGUCGUCACGGCCAGAAAGGGGUCUGUGGUUUGAUUGUCCCUCAGGAAGAUAUGCCAUUCUGCGACACUGGAAUCUGCCCUGAUAUCAUUAUGAAUCCUCAUGGUUUCCCAUCCCGCAUGACGGUUGGAAAACUGAUUGAAUUGCUGGCUGGCAAGGCUGGUGUUUUGGAUGGCAGAUUUCAUUAUGGAACAGCCUUUGGUGGCAGUAAAGUUAAGGAUGUUUGUGAGGAUCUUGUUCGCUAUGGCUACAACUAUUUGGGAAAAGACUAUGUGACAUCUGGUAUUACAGGAGAACCAUUGGAAGCAUACAUCUACUUUGGCCCUGUUUACUACCAAAAGCUGAAACACAUGGUGCUAGACAAGAUGCAUGCCAGAGCUCGAGGACCCAGAGCAGUCCUCACCAGGCAACCCACGGAGGGCAGAUCACGAGACGGUGGUUUGCGUUUGGGUGAAAUGGAGAGGGACUGUCUCAUUGGUUAUGGAGCCAGCAUGCUGCUGCUGGAGAGGCUGAUGAUUUCCAGUGAUGCAUUUGAGGUGGAUGUGUGUGGACAAUGUGGUUUGCUGGGAUAUUCAGGAUGGUGUCAUUACUGCAAGUCUUCCUGUCAUGUGUCUUCACUGCGCAUCCCUUAUGCAUGUAAACUGCUAUUCCAGGAACUUCAGUCUAUGAACAUUGUGCCCAGAUUGAAACUGUCCAGAUACAACGAAUGAAAAAACAUGUAAAUCAGGACCGAGCAGCUGCUAAUGAAAACUUCUAGCGCUCCAACUGAUGAUCGGAAAAAGGGGGGGGUGGGGGUUUGUGCAGAGUUGGAAAGUAAUGUAUGUAGUCUUCUGUAAACUGCAGAGCCCUACAAGUCCAUGUGUUUUAUUGAUGGUCGUUUCUUCUCAAGAGGACUUCUUCAGUCCUAGAACCUGGAACUACAGGAGGAAUAUGUCCUUGUUUUCUUUCACACAAACUUUUUUUUUGUUGUUUAUAUUAAAAAAAAAAAAAUAAAUAAAAAAAAAAAAGCAUGACUAGAGAAACUUCUCUGAAACCCAAGCACUUAAUCACUUGUUAACCCAAGUGCAAUUGACUGACUGGUGACAUUCUGUGUUCAACAAAGUGAAUCUUCUUUAGCCACAAUAGGGUAUGUCUUUGCUUAUUCUUUAGUAGUAGUUUAGAUGUCUUGAGUCACUGCCUCAUCACUUAUCAACAAUCUGCAAAACUGUCAGUUAUUAAAUCGGCCUGACAGCUAGUAACAAACUAUAGAAAGCAGAUGAUGUAAUUUGGAGUGUAAUAAUUGGUUUAUGCAACAGAGAUGCAUUCAAUACCUCAAACUUAAUCAAUACUGCUGAUUAUACAAGUUAUAUUUGUUUAAAGUACUGUUGAGCUUUGCUGUCUUUACUAUACAGACUGUAUACAGCAAAGCUCAACAAGGAAUGAAGAUAAAGCAGAUAUGAGACCAUCCCACCCAUUUCAAAAGUGAACUUUCUCCCCAUGCCAGACAAUGGAAGAUCAAUGAAGACUAUUUGUGUUAAGUUCAAAAUUAUACAAUGUGCCUCACAACUAGAUAGGUUAUUAUGAUAUUUACAGUUCACACUGUACUGUUUAAAUAUUUUACAUAUUUAAAAGACAAGAAUGUCCGUGCAUAACAAGAUUUUUGUUUAAUUACGUUAUUAUAAAGGGGCUUUUUUUUUUUUUUCAAUUUGCAGUAGUUCAUUUAGACGUAAUAAAUGAACCGAUGGAGACUGAACAAUACAAACCACUGUAAUAGAUGGUUUCUGUGACAAGCAGUAUGAAUAGGGAGUUCCUUAUGUUUUUGUUAAUGUAUUGCUUAUUUGUUUUGUAUAAACAAAAAAAUUAAAGUACAGCCAAUUUUAAUAAAGUUUCCUCACACU